GAAGGUAGUCUAGGUCUGUAUGGAGAUGGAGCGUGCACACUACAGUUCCCGACAUCCCAUCUCGGCAAUCGCUGUUCUCCUCUCAUGUUUACGCAUGAGGCGCUUCUGCAGUGAGCUGCUGGAUAUUGAUGUGCUUUAAUGUGUCACCUCUCCUCCCUUCCUCUUGCCUCUCCUCCCUCUCCGCUCUGUGUUCCAUAGAGACUCAGCGCGCUCAGAUGCACUUGGCGUUCAAGCGGUAGAAACAGCAGCGGGAGCGUCUCAAUGCAGGGGCAGCAAGAGCACCCCGAUGGCCACCAGCACAAGAGACUGCGCUAAGCAGACGACCAGCGCGCGCGUUCAUCUGUGCUUCUCAACCCCGAACCUCCUCUAGCGAAGAGAGAGGUGCCCAAAUCCGUUUUAGGAUAUCGCUUCUUUUCUUUUGUCCCUCUUUCUGUCCAUUCGAUGAAGAAGAACUGAUGACGAUGUAUCGGCGAUGGUGGAUUUCCCUUUUGUGCGUCUAUGGACUGAUGUGCAUCGUUCAUUCCAGCAAUCAUAUACCUCGAAAUGGAGACGCCUUGUCGCAGGCGAAGGCUGUUCGUGAUGCGAGCAGGUUCACCGGGAAGGAGGACACGGUCCCUCUCCGUCUGCUCUACAGCAUGCACAACCACAGUCAAAUCACCCACGAUGUCAUCAGCACCAGGACUAGAGCCAGUUCCAGCCCCGCACAGGGGAACCACGUGGCCCAAGCCAGCUUCCAGGUGGACGCGUUUGGUGAGCAGUUCAUCUUGGAUGUUGAACUGAACCAUGAUCUUCUGUCUUCAAAGUACAUGGAGAGGCAUAUUUCAGAAAAUGGGAAGGCUGGCAUAUUCAAAGGAGGAGAACAUUGUUAUUACCAGGGGAUAGUGCGGGACAUCCCUGAAUCCUUUGUGGCCCUCUCCACCUGCCACGGCCUGCAUGGGAUGUUCUUUGAUGGGAAUCACACCUACAUGAUUGAGCCUGGAGGAAAGGACCGCAUCAGCGGUGAUGUCCAGAUCCACAUGAUCUAUAAAUCAGCAGGACAAGAGGCAGCAGCAUACUUCCUUCCUAUUGUUGACCUCCCAGAGCCUCCUUUCCCCAGCCCUCCAUUUCCUGGGUCAAAGGUCGUCCACAGGAGGAAGAAGAGACAGGCCCCGCGGGUUGGGGGCAGUGUAACCGAGGAGACCAAGUACAUCGAGCUGAUGGUGAUCAACGACCAUCUGAUGUAUAAAAAGCAUCGUCUCUCUGUUGGUCAGACGAAUAACUACGCUAAGUCUGUGGUCAAUAUGGCUGAUAUGAUCUUCAAGGAGCAGCUCAACACCCGCAUCGUGCUAGUUGCCAUGGAGACGUGGGCGGCUGACAACCGGUUCAACAUCGACGACGACCCCAUGGUGACCUUGAGGGAGUUCAUGAAGUACAGACGAGACUUCAUCAAGGAGAAGUGUGACUCUGUGCAUCUUUUCUCAGGGAACCGGUUCCAUAGCAGCUGGGGAGGAGCUUCCUAUAUGGGAGGAGUCUGUUCUCUAACUAAAGGAGGAGGAGUCAACGAGUAUGGCAAGACAGAUGAGAUGGCCAUAACCCUGGCCCAGUCUCUGGGACAAAACAUUGGCAUCUUUUCUGACAAGAAGAGGAUCCUCAACGGCGAGUGCAAGUGUGAUGACCGUUGGUCUGGCUGCAUCAUGGAUGAUGUUGGCUUCUACCUGCCCAAGAGGUUCUCCAACUGCAAUGUGGAGGAGUACCACACCUUCCUCAACAGUGGUGGUGGAGCCUGUCUCUUCAACAAACCCAUAAAGCUGGUUGACCCUCCAGAGUGUGGGAAUGGUUUGGUGGAGCCAGGGGAGGAGUGUGACUGUGGUAGCCCAGCGGAGUGCGAGAGGGAGGGAGAGAAGUGCUGUCAGAAGUGUACACUCACACAAGGCUCAAAGUGUAGCGACGGACUCUGCUGUAACAACUGUCAGAUGGAGUUUAUGGGCGUGGUGUGUAGGGAGGCAGUGAAUGACUGUGAUAUUCCAGAGAACUGCACUGGUAACUCCAGCCAGUGUCCCCCGAACGUGCACAAGAUGGACGGCUACUCAUGUGAAAAGGAACAGGGUCGUUGCUUCAACGGGAGGUGCAAGACCAAAGACAGACAGUGCAAGUACCUGUGGGGAGAGAAGGCGACCGCUGCUGAUAAGUUCUGUUAUGAGAAGUUGAAUAUCGAGGGGACAGAGAAGGGGAACUGUGGGAAGGACAAAGACACAUGGGUCCAAUGCAACAAGCAAGACGUGCAUUGUGGGUACCUGCUAUGUUCCAACAUAUCGCCGGCCCCCCGACUAGGAGAGUUGCAGGGGGGACUGACGUCCUUCUCUGUUGCACAGCACAGUGCCUCGCUGGACUGCAGUGGGGGUCAUGUGAUGAUAGACGGGGACAGUGACCUGGGCUAUGUGGAGGAUGGGACAGCCUGUGGGACAGAGAGGGUCUGCUUCAACCACAAGUGUCUGCCCCUUCAGGAGUUCAACUUCAGCACCUGCCCUGGAACCACCGAGAAGACCAUCUGUUCUGGACACGGGAUUUGUAGUAACGAGCUGAAGUGUGUGUGUCACUUGGGUUGGACUGGAGACGAUUGUAACUCCACGUCUCCUCUGAGCUACCUGGUGGUUGGACCCACCGCCUCUGUAUCAGGUAUCACCAGUACUAACAUCAUCAUCGGGGCCAUCGCUGGCUCCAUUCUGUUCCUGGCUCUCAUCCUGGCCAUCACCGCCUGGGGAUACAAGAGCUACAGACAGCGGUGCUACGUUGAGUCAGAGGUUCACAGAAGAUUCUGCAGGCAAAUGCCUCCGGGUGACUAUGUGAAGAAACCCGGGGAUGCAGACUCGUUCUACAGUGACCUGGCCCCUGGGGUCAGCACCAACUCAGGCUGUAGCUCCAAGAAGAGGUCUAACGGUCUGUCCCACUCGUGGAGCGAGCGAAUCCCUGACGCCAAACACAUCUCUGACAUUUGUGAGAACGGACGACCCAGGAGCAACUCAUGGCAAGGAAAUCUGAGUGGAAAUCGCAAGAAGUCGAAAGGGAAGAAGUUCCGUCCUCGCUCCAACUCUACAGAGACGCUCUCCCCGGCGAAGUCGCCCACCUCCUCCACGGGGUCCAUUGCAUCCAGCCGGCGGUACCCUUACCCCAUGCCCCCCCUCCCCGACGAUCAGAAGAAGGCCAACAGGCAGAGUGCCAGGCUGUGGGAGACUUCAAUAUAACACUCCUGUUAUCUACUCUGCAAAACUACUUAAGAACUACAUUUUCGUCCACUUUUCUAUGAAUUAAAAAAUACAAAGAAAAACAAAAUUGAAACAAAAUGACGAAAAAAGUGAGUAACUGGUGUGAGCGGAAAAGAGAAGCAGAGGAAGAUGAAGAGGAGGAAGGUGUGAGAGUGUGUGAGAGUGUGUACGAGUUCCGUCAGACCUGACCUGCUCAGUAGGGGACGCUACAGGGGCCAUCUGUCAUUCCUACACUGACAAGCCAAGACAGAACGAGGCAAGACAAGAUCCCUUUCAGAUUAGUUGGAGAUCCACCAGAGAUCAGCCCUUCACUCAUUGGUGAGGAAAAAGCAAAGCUGUUGUGAUGGUAAUGGUGCAGACAGAGAGGAGAGGCCUUGUUGUGGAUGUCUCCCCCACUCCCAACACCCCAACAUCCCCCCAGCUUCCACCACACUCUUCUAGCUCUUCCCUCAAACUUUCCCACCUUACCUUACUCACCUCUCCCCCCAACCCCCCUCUAGCCCUGCCCCCGUGUAAACUCUCUCCUCUGAUUGGUGCUCCUCUCUGUUGAGGGGCGCGGACAGCUAUCAUAUCGGCAGAUUUCUUUACCAUUUUGAAGCACGCUGUUUAAUUACUGUAGAAAACUCCAACACUGUAUGCAUGAGAACCCCUUGUUAAUCAACUCUUCCUAGUGUCAUAAAGGAGAAGAAGUCUGGGACGGACAGCAUGCGGGGGAUGGUGAUGUCAUACGUACUGUAGGCCUUUAAGCUUUCUUUACAUUAUAGGCUUCUUCUAUCUCUGUGAUCAGCGACUCAUUAUGAACUGUAUCACACAUUAUACUAGCCAACUGCCCCUGACAUGGAUCCUAGAUCCUAGACCCUAGACCCUAGACCCUAGCCACUCCGUUCUCUUUCUUUCGCCGUGUCAGGUUUUCCUGAAGGAUUUGGUUAUCGUUGUAAAUAUGUACAGCUUAAAGGCAGAGUAAUGUGUGCUUUUCUUUUUUACUUACUGGGAGGCGAAUGAUGAAGGGAUGCUCCCCCUCUCCUCCUCCUGCUGUGGUUCGUGUUGUAGACAGACAGGGUCUCCGUAGGUCUUUGUAGAGACCCCGGUUUCUCUCUUUUCAUUUCUGGCUGAACUCUCUCUCUUCUCUCCCGUGUGUCUGUGUGAACACUCCAGCUUUCUUUUUCUUCCACAGCAGAAUGUACAAACAGUGUUCUAUAUUUCCUCUUUGUGUCCUCCGUUUCUCUGAGUAAUGCACUCAGUCACAGCCCGUCAUAAUUAACACAGUAAACUUAAGAAUGUCAUUGAUUUAUUACAUUAACUGAGCAUUUUAUCCAUUUGGAUAUUGAUAAUGAUGAAUAUAUUUUGAACUAACAUCGUCCCAUGAGCCCUUCCUCGCUACAGAGGGGAGAGAACAAGUGUUUUUUUGUAGUUUUAGAUGUGAUAUACAUGUUCAUUUGGCCAUGGUGGUUUAGAGAAGUUGGAGAAAUGUCCUGUGACUAUAAUCAUUCCACACUACGGUCUGUGUGUACAGCAGGGACAGACUGGCCAUCUGGCAUUUUGGGCAAAUGCAAGAUGGCCUGGUCCAUUUUUUAACACUGUGGCCUGUCUUACUUGUUUUUUGGGGUGCAAAAUGAUAAUUGCUAAUAAUGGGGGCCUCGAAGAAAGAAAUGGGCCGUUGUGUUUAAAAUGCCAGAGCCGAUUUCUGGUCCCAGUCCGCCCCUGGUGUACAGUGUGAGACCAGACAUAACAGAUAGAUACAACUGGAACCGACAACGCCACUGAGAUCCAACUGGACGAAGUGGGAAUAACAAUGUGGAAACUGAACAUUGUGUCAGAUGAAUUUGGAAUUUGUUUGGAUAAAAUUAUUAAAAUGUGCAUUUUUGCUUUUGUUUCGUUUCCUACUGUAAGUUUGCCCUGCUGUCUGUAAAUUGAAGUGUCCUGUACAGUGCUUGCUGUUUGAGAUUUAUAAGACCAACAGAAUGACAAUGGAUCUACUAGCUAGCACUCUAUCACUGUUCUCUGGUAAUCUGUCUGUGAGGCUGUAAUACGAAAUAAGCAUGACAUUGAAAUACUUUUUCCUUGAUUGCCAAUUGCUGUUAUCUUCUUGGAAUGUCAUACCAUAAACCCCAUAUCAGUAGUGAACAGGUUUUCAACAUAAUCAACCAGGUCUCAAACAUUUUCAUGAAUGGCCCGAGUAAUCUAAUGAUUUAAAUGUGGCUUAAGAUUCAGGUUCUUACCUACGCAGAGUAGGAUAAAGUGUCCCUAGUCACUGAUCCAAGGUCAGUUUUGUAUCUUACCCCCCUGAUGGUAAAUGUUGUAAAUCGGGGAGUGGAAAGCUGAUCUUAGAUCUGUGGCUAAAGGGAAACUUAUUUAUACAGAAGUCACAACCCCCAUCCCGUAGUUACUGUACUGUCCAUAUCAGUUAAGCCUGCUGUAUGUUAACUCCGUAUGCUUAAGUUUAAAAUGUGGGCACUGAUCGUUUUGAUUUUCUACUGUAUGCAUUAUGACUGCAAAGAUAUUAAGAUCACCACAAUAUCACAUUAAUAUUGCUACUG